AUGGCGUGGGGAUUGCCAAAACUUCCUGGAUUGACCUUCUCGGACCCAACCAAAACUAAACACCAUAUGCGGAGCUCUUUGCGAUAUUAUCAAGGAUAUAGAUUCCCAGACACGGUGGUUCGAGGACCGGGCGGUGCAGCCACGGAUGUGGAUAGCAAUGCCUUUGCAUUACCCGAGGAUUCAGUAAAAACUCUGGUUUGUGGCAAGGCAAGUUGGUGA